CUCACUGACAUUUGUCAUUAUUUGUUUAAUUUCCAUUUAUAAUAUUUCAUUAUUUUAUAUGAACCUUGGACAGCAUCAUGACGUAAGAAGCUUUCGUUAGCUCUCUGAACGUAAACGCCAGAAAAAUGAAAAGUGUUCGCUUUGUAUCUGGUGAUAAACUAGUUAAAAUGCAAGAAAACUUUUAUUAUUUUGUAUAUAUGUAAAUUAUUGGGGAAUAACUUUGUUAUUCAACUAUCGGCAUUUCAAGAUGCGCCCCACGAAUGAUAUUCGUGAUCGUAAAACGCAAUCAUCGGAUUCAGAUAAUACGAACUCAAAGCUUGAAAAUGACAAGAAGACUCCGAGGGCUCUUUUAUCAAGCUCUUCUGCCACUGGCAAUCCCCGAAACAAAACAGCCUUGGCUCCUGGACACUCUCUAAUGGAUUGGAUACGGUUAGGAAAUUCUGGAAUUGACUUAUCUGGAACCAAAGGUAAAAUCAUUCGAGUAAAUAAAGCAGAACUUUGCAAACAUGCAUCUGCAGAUGAUCUUUGGCUGGCAAUUAGGGGUCAAGUUUUUAAUGUAACGAGGUAUUUAAGUUUUCAUCCAGGAGGACAUGAAGAAUUAAUGCGAGGUGCAGGUAAAGAUGCUACUGCACUUUUUGACGCUGCUCAUGCUUGUAAUUAUCAGACAAUACUGCAGAAGUGUGUUUUUGGACCCUUGGUUUCAGAUAUACCAUCUCCCCUAGACGAAUUAAAUUUUAGCAGUAAAAAUAUGUUAAGGCGACCAAGAUUGCCUCAGGUUGAUUACUUACCCAAGCCAAAACUAAGUCAAAAUAUUUCUAAUAAUUUAAGUGUAAAUGAAAAAUUAUAUGGAGAAGAAACAAAUAAAGUAAACAAAAAUAUUAAUCCAACAGAAAAACUUGAUGAAACGCUUACUAAUUCAAGUACACAGAACUUUAAAAAUACAAAGCAAUCACCACGCUUUGAUUGGAUGCAGACUCAGUCAUGGAUUACCUUUGUUUUUUAUACUGCCAAGUUUUCAAACCCAUACAUUUGUGCAAAUAUGAGUUCUUGCAAUGAUUUGGUAAUCACAUUACAAUAUGCCAAGGAGUACUUUAAGUACACCUUACAUCCUUUGUAUGAAGUAAAGUUUCCAUGAACAUUAUUGUCACACAUCAUACUGGAAAGAUUGAACUGAAAUGUCUUAAAGUGAAAGAGGGUAUGUGGGAAAAUUUUGGAAAAUUAUCAAAAGUGGAUGUGAGUCAAGAAUUUGGGGAGUUUGAUAAUUAUACUAUUGUCCAGCAGG